AUGUUGGGCUUGGUUGCUGAUCAGACAUUGUUCACUGGAAUCAACAACAUGUACAAUUCAAUAAGUGGAUUGAGUUGGAGAGCAUGGUACUCUGUGGGAUACAAUGGUUCAUAUAUUAACUUGGAGGGUGGUUCUGCCAAGGGUACAACUACCACUGUAUAUCCAAACAAUGCACAACUAUCCAGUGUCACUACUGCAUCACGUUUCUUCGCCUAUAGCAAUGGUACCCUUGUAUCAGAUGGACCUGGAUCAACUCCAUCAGCUAGUAUUCUUAUCGUAUUUGGUGCAACUCCAGCAACAGUGUUUGAGGUAUCAUCCCAAACAUCAUAUGUGUUCCCGACAUCUGGAGGUAGGAUCAAUAUUAGAUUGUUUAACUUUGGAAGACCUAGUAAUCCAGACACUAUAACAGCAACUUUGAAUGGUGCCACAUUGCAAAUGACUGCCGACUUUUGGACUGGCUCGGCUACAAUCACCAUCCCACCAGGAGUCAAAGAUGGAAGUUUGGUCAUCCGUGAUGUUACAAAGAACCAAGUAGCUGCUCAAUCCAUCUCCAUUUCCUACAUUGAACCAAUGAUUUCAUCUUGGACGCCAGAGAAUGCUCCUACAUCUGGAGCUGUUACAACAUUCAUUGGCACCAACUUCUUUAACAAUGCUGACCAGGUCACUGUUCUCCUUGGAUCACAAAGCAACUUGUCUAUGGCUGCUACACCGACAUUCACCAGCAUCACAGUUAACGUUCCAGCUGGCACAGGAUAUCAUAGUGGUGCCAUCUUCAUUGGUGAGAAGAGUGCAUUGUUUGAAUACAGGUACGCUGCACCAACUAUCAGUCAGUGGACUACCUUGGACUCUGUCGUCGUGACUGUCACUGGUACCAACUUUGGUGUGUGGCCAGAACGCGUUACAAUAGAGACCACGGACGGCGAGGUGAUUGCUCAUCCAGACUCUGUAACUCAUACUCAGCUGGUCUUCACAUCCAAGCCAAGCCAUCUACGUAAUGGAAACUACACAAUCAAUGUAUCCAAGCAGGUUACCAACAACAUCACAGUGAUCAACCGACCAAACAUAACAUUUGUGAACCAACCACCGGUGACUGGAGGUACAAUCACAAUUGAGGGCAGCUUCUUUGGUAAGACACUGUCCAACAAUGCCUCGACCUCGCCCUCCUUCUAUGUGACCUCUGCUCAACAGGUGGAGAUGGCUUCAAAAUGCAGCUACCUCUACACUCCAAUGUGGAAUGGCUCGCAGACCUACUUGAUCACCUGUGACAUUGCCAUGGGCACUGGACGUCUGACAGCCCGCGCCUUUGUAGAUGGAAUGUACUCUUCCAACUACUCACUCACAUACCAGGAGCCGACUGUGUUCUCCGCCUCGACAGUCCUUCCAACUGGCGGUGAUGUCACCGUUUCUGGAACAAACUUUGCAACGACAGGUCUCAACGUGAUCAUUGGUGGAGUUCAAUGCGACUCCCAGUUCUUCAACAACACCAUGCUUGUAUGUCGCAACUUCAAGGGAGACAUUACAACGAAUGCCAAUGGCUUGGCAUACGUCAAUGUAACAGUUGAUGGUGUGCAGGGAGGCUCCUUCGCCUUUGCCUACGACAUCCCACUCAACACAACCCAGCCAUGUCUGAUGGAUUGUCUCAAUGGUGGCACAUGCAACAACAACACCGGUCUGUGCAUAUGUCCUCCUUUGUGGGACGACCUGGACUGCUCUAAGCGCAAGAACAACAACAGCAACACUCCAAUCCCCGAUGGAACAGGUGGCACGAUUAUCGUUGGAGAUGGCUUUAACUUCACAGUGGCCAUCACAUACCUGCGCGAGCAGAGCAGCUUUCAGAACGUUAAGACGUUAGACAUGAACUACAUUGAGUGGUACAAGCGCUCAAACACAUCGUCCAACUACAUCUUCCAAGGAACUUUCGCUGGCGAGACUGUCGUGGUCACGGUCAACAUGACAAUUUACGACGAAGCUAAAGAGAUUAACUUUGCCGGAGAGACCAUCUCCAUGCCAUCCAACUCUAUGAAGUACUUGAUCACCAUCGCCAACUGGACAUUCUCGUCCAACUUGAACACUUUGCAGAUCAUCUACUCUUCUGUCGCACCCAACCAGACUCAGCAGGACUGUGGCAGCCAGACCGCGACCUCGACCUCCUCCGGCCAGAACCUCCAGGGCUCUCUAACAUGGUACCAGAUCAAGUCGGGUGGCUCCAUCCUGUUGGCCAAGUUUGCCCAGUUCAUGAUUGUUGACUCCAGAAUCGCCAGGUCCAGUGUCGUCGCGCUGUCCAACGACGAUGUGCUCUACAACAUCUCGUCCAACCAGUACUCGUUCAUGACGGCCAUCCAGACGGGCGCCUUCCACACAAGUGUGAUGAUCGAUCCAAACUUUAGUAGUUUGAUCGAGCCCACCUCUGGCCGAUCCUGUGAUGCUGGUGGCAUCACUGGAUGGAAACUGAUCGUCGUGAUCGUGGCCUCAGUGAUUGGAGGAAUUGCCAUUGUCACGCUCGUGGCACUCUACAUCAGGCAUCGUGUGAUCAAGGGCAAGCUGCAAAGAGAGCUACAUUCUCGAUCGACAUCUUUGCACGAUAAUUAA